AUGCCUUUGUGGGGGUCCAAAUCCAGCCAGGAGAGCGACAACGCCGCGCUAGAAAGCGAUCCCAAGAACGACCCCGUUGCGUCGGCGUCUCAGGCUGCGGGGACGGAAUGGCUGGCCGGACAUUUGAACCAUCUCACUGAGGAUCAGGAGAAGAAGUUGCGGGAGUUUAAGAAACUAUCUGAAGAAAAUGGAUAUUACAAAUCCGCGGGUGACAGUGGGGAGGCGAGCCAUGACGAUGCGACAAUGCUGCGUUUUCUGCGUGCCCGCAAAUUCGACGUGAAUGGCGCCUGGGGUCAGUUCAAGGAUACCGAGGAUUGGCGCAAGGAAAAUGCCAUCGAGUCUCUGUAUGAGAAUAUUGAUGUGGAGUCUUAUGACGCCGCGAGGAGGAUGUACCCUCAAUGGACAGGUCGCCGGGACCGCCGUGGUAUCCCCGUUUACGUGUUCGAGAUCAGGCAUCUGAACAGCAAGAACAUGGCCGCUUAUAACUCCACCAUGACCGACCCCUCUGCGACGGCGGAAACACACAAGUCCUCCACAGUGCCACAGCGUCUUUUGCGUCUCUUCGCCCUCUACGAGAACCUCCUCCGUUUUGUCAUGCCCUUGUGCUCACAAUUGUCUCGCCCGCAUCCCGACACGCCCAUUGUCAGUUCGAACAACAUUGUUGAUGUCAGUGGUGUUGGUUUGAAGCAGUUCUGGAACUUGAAGGGUCACAUGCAGGACGCGAGCGUUCUGGCUACGGCGCAUUACCCCGAGACCCUGGACCGCAUUUUUAUCAUCGGUGCUCCUUCCUUCUUCCCAACCGUUUGGGGCUGGAUCAAGCGCUGGUUUGACCCCGUCACUACCUCCAAGAUCUUUAUCCUCUCCUCCGCAGAGGUCCUGCCUACCCUGAGCUCUUUCAUGGACCCGACCACUAUCCCUAAGCAGUACGGUGGCCAGCUAGACUGGCAAUGGGGCGACAUGCCCAACCUCGACGACGAGGCCCGGAAACUUGUCGGUGGGCUGGAGACCCCUCCCGCCGAAGGAGAGACCAAGCCCAAUUUCAUCAAGGGGCCUGUGUUGUUCAAGGGUGAUCAUGUCGAGAUUCUGGGUAAAGUGAACGGCGAGAGCCGAAAGCGCAGCGUUCCCGUGCCGGCAUCCCCAGCGGCCGAGUCCACCACCCCAGCCCCAGAGCAGCAGAAGUCGGACGAUGCUCUCGCCGCCGAGGUCAACGAGAAGCUCGACCUGAAUGGCGCCACCGAAAAGACCGGCAACGGAGAUGUCGCUGCCUAG